AUGCUGACGCCUCACGGCGUGGUGAACCCCAUUGAAGUCCAGCCCAUCCUCGCCGAGAAGCUCCCCAUCUCCUUCGCCGAGGACGCUGUCUACGUCCCCGGCCACGACGCCGUCAUCUUCUCGACCGACACCGGCCGGGCUAUUUAUAACCCUUUCAGCGGCGAGGGCGACGCUACCGCGGCGCCAGGCGGCACGCUGGUGUGGUACGACGUUGGUUCGAAUACGCACCGCACGCUCUCCGUCUCCGACUGGCCCGAGGGAAGGGGGUUCCACCAGCUCGGCCUCAACCUGAAGGGCGACCUGCUGGCUAUCGCGAAUCUGGCCUCUCCGCCGGGCAUAGAGAUUCUGAAGCUUGAGGGCCACGGAGCACGCUGGCUCAAGACCCUCGUCCACAAGGACAUCAAGGUGCCGAACAGCGUCGUUCUGCUGAACGAACACCAGGUCCUCGUGACAAACAGCUACGGCUUCUCGCCGCGCCAGCACCCCCACCUCGCCAAGGCCGAGACGUUCCUCGGCCUCCCCCUUGGACGCGUGUAUCUCCUCACCGAGACCGAGAACGGCAUAGAGUCCAAGGCCGUCAGCGAAGGUUUGGCCAUGGCGAACGGCCUCGCGCUCAGCGACGACGGCAAGCUCAUGGCGGUAGUCGGCAGUGUCGGGCGCGAAGUGCAGAUCUACGACGUGGACCCGCCCGCUCUCGACAGCACAAACCCAGGCGCAUUCACGUACCGUGAGACCCUGCCUGUGGGGUACACAAUGGACAAUGUACACUUCCUCUCCUCGGGCGCCAACUACACCUUCCUGGCGGCGGGCCACCCCAACGCGCUCCAGUAUUUCAAGACGGCAGCAGCCAAGGGCGAGGGCCAGCUGGCCGGCAGCCGCGUCGUCAAGUUUACAGUGGAGAAGGCGCGCGAGCGCGAUACGGCCGAGCAGGCAAGGGCCGAGGUGAAUCGCCUGUUCACCAAAGUCGACAAACGCGUCCAGGUCGUGCUCGACGAUGUGGGCGCUUUCAUCGGUACGGCGAGCACGGCGCUGCCCCUCGGCGACGGGCAGAUGCUCGUCAUGGGGCUCUGGGACUGCGGCGUCGUGCGUGCCCGCGACGUCGAUCUGAGUCCUGUCAAGGUCUAG